CAUCAAUGGAGCACAUUCAGGGAGCUUGGAAGACUAUCAGUAAUGGUUUUGGACUCAAGGAUUCUGUCUUUGAUGGCCCAAACUGUAUUUCACCUACUAUCGUCCAGCAGUUUGGUUAUCAACGCCGAGCAUCUGACGAUGGCAAAAUAUCAGAUACUUCCAAAACUAGUAAUACUAUUCGUGUUUUCUUGCCCAACAAGCAGCGCACAGUGGUAAAUGUGCGAAACGGGAUGACCUUACAUGACUGUCUUAUGAAGGCGCUUAAAGUAAGAGGUCUGCAGCCAGAAUGCUGUGCAGUUUUUCGACUUCUUACUGAACCAAAAGGAAAAAAAGUGCGUUUGGAUUGGAAUACAGAUGCUGCCUCCUUGAUCGGAGAGGAAUUGCAAGUGGACUUUCUUGAUCAUGUUCCACUCACUACACACAAUUUUGCUCGGAAGACGUUUCUAAAGCUGGCUUUCUGUGACAUCUGCCAGAAGUUCCUGCUAAAUGGGUUUCGGUGUCAGACAUGUGGUUAUAAGUUCCACGAACACUGCAGCACUAAAGUUCCAACCAUGUGUGUCGACUGGAGCAAUAUCAGGCAACUCUUAUUGUUCCCAAAUUCAAAUAUCAGUGACAGUGGUGUCCCUGCACUACCUCCCUUGACAAUGAGACGGAUGCGGGAGUCUGUCUCCCGGAUACCUGUUAGUUCCCAGCACAGGUAUUCUACACCUCAUGCCUUCACAUUCAACACAUCAAAUCCUUCCUCUGAGGGCUCCCUUUCCCAAAGACAGCGAUCUACUUCCACACCAAAUGUCCAUAUGGUUAGCACUACAAUGCCUGUAGACAGCCGGAUAAUUGAGGAUGCAAUUCGAAGCCAUAGUGAAUCAGCUUCACCCUCUGCUCUGUCUGGAAGCCCUAACAAUAUGAGCCCCACUGGCUGGGCUCAGCCCAAAACCCCAGUCCCAGCCCAAAGAGAGCGAGCCCCUGGAUCCAAUACACAAGAAAAAAACAAAAUUAGGCCUCGUGGACAAAGAGAUUCCAGUUAUUACUGGGAAAUAGAAGCAAGUGAAGUCAUGCUUUCUACCAGAAUAGGGUCAGGUUCUUUUGGAACAGUUUACAAAGGCAAAUGGCAUGGGGAUGUAGCAGUGAAGAUACUAAAGGUUGUAGAUCCAACCCCAGAACAGUUCCAGGCUUUCAGAAAUGAAGUGGCUGUGUUAAGGAAGACUCGGCAUGUUAAUAUUUUGCUGUUUAUGGGCUACAUGACUAAAGAUAAUCUGGCCAUUGUUACGCAGUGGUGUGAAGGAAGCAGUCUGUAUAAACACCUGCAUGUUCAAGAGACCAAGUUCCAAAUGUUCCAGCUGAUUGAUAUUGCUCGGCAGACAGCGCAGGGAAUGGACUAUUUACAUGCAAAGAAUAUCAUCCACAGAGACAUGAAAUCCAAUAAUAUAUUUCUUCAUGAAGGCCUCACAGUGAAAAUAGGAGACUUUGGUCUGGCAACUGUCAAAUCCAGGUGGAGUGGAUCUCAGCAGGUGGAGCAGCCCACUGGUUCAAUCUUGUGGAUGGCACCAGAAGUGAUACGGAUGCAGGACAGUAACCCGUUUAGUUUUCAGUCAGAUGUCUACUCCUAUGGAAUAGUAUUAUAUGAACUAAUGACAGGGGAGUUGCCAUACUCCCACAUAAAUAACCGCGAUCAGAUUAUUUUCAUGGUCGGCCGAGGGUAUGCUUCUCCAGACCUCAGUAAAUUGUACAAGAACUGCCCCAAAGCAAUGAAGAGGCUUGUAGCAGAUUGUUUGAAGAAGGUUAGGGAAGAACGACCUCUGUUUCCACAAAUACUGUCGUCCAUUGAAUUGUUGCAACAUUCUUUACCCAAAAUCAACCGGAGUGCUUCGGAACCAUCUCUGCAUCGCGCCGCCCACACAGAGGACAUAAAUUCAUGCACGUUAACAUCCACCAGGCUACCCGUGUUUUAGGAUCGUGCUCCCCUCCCCUCGUUCUCUCCAGUGAUGGGAAAGGAACAGAAGUAACAGAAGUUGUGCUUUUAAUGCCUCAGUGUACAGGAUCAGUGCCAGCAGGAUUAUCUGCGUCCCAGUUUUAAGAACAAGCUGCUAAGGAUUUCUGCAGUCCUUAUCCUGCAGGGACACAGCUCCACAUUGCCUUUUUCUACAGUUUCUUUUACUGGGAUAGUUAACAGACUACAAAUCAAGAGAUCUAUUACUAUUUUUUUAAUAGAUGCACUUGAGCCUUAUUUUUCCCAUACACAGAAGCGAUGGAUGUUUCUUUGGCAGUGUUUCUGGAUUGAUUUGAAUCUGUUGAUGAAUUGGGGGUUUUUUACCGCGAGGAUGGCUUUGCCUCGGCGUUUGAGGAAAGGUGAUGCGUCAUGGUGCUCCUUGAUUGCCCCGCGCCAUAAGCCACUUCAAGCUGGGGGAGUUUUGCCUGAAAUGGGCGUCUGCAAACAAGACUGAGGGAAGAGGAAAAAAAAAAAAAACAACAAACCAAACCUCUGGAAAUCAGCUCCUGCCGAAGAGCCUUCAUCAAGCCAAUGAAAUAAGUUCAAAUGCUAAUUCAACACAAAAUAGUUUUGCAAUAGUUUUGCACAUAGAAGAAAAACUCUUGCAAAAGAAUGGAAUAUAUUCUGAACUGUACUGCUCAGAGAAGGAAGCCAGCCAGCCUUGCUGUGGUCACCUGCAGUAGUGUGAGCAGCUUUCUUUGGUACUAUUGACUCGUUUCUUGCAGCCCGGUGAGGUGGUGAGCGCGGAAAGACAGGCUUGCGUGGCUGAGAAAAGGCGAAUUGUGAGCGGAGUCUUCGUCCCAUCUGAAGCUGUCGUCCAAGAGAUGCACUAUCAAGAGGGAAACUGAGCAUAUACAGUUUUUCUUGCUGAUUUGGGUUUUAAUUUUGUUUUUAUUGCUCCUGAGAAAAUGCAUUUAUUGUAAGCCAAGGUUCCUCUGAUUAUCUUAUUUUAAUAAAAUAAAUUAA